AUGGUGGGAUGUUUUACAUGGCUUGCCAUGCUCCUCAUCCUAUUCAAGUUGUACAUAAAGCUUACGACGAGAUGGUGCACUUCCAAGAAGAAAAUGACUGGGAAAGUGAUCAUCAUCACAGGCGCCAAUACCGGAAUCGGGAAAGCGACGGCCAUGGGCCUUGCACGUCGGGGGGCGAAAGUCAUCCUUGCCUGCCGAGAUAUGAAGAAAGCUCUCGUCGCUGCCAACGACAUCAAGGCGGCGACGGGAAACAUGGAGGUGGUUCCCAAGUACUGCGACUUGAGCAAACUGAGUUCGGUUAGGGAGUUUGUUAAGGAGAUCCUUAAGACGGAGGAUCGUCUCGAUGUUUUGAUCAAUAAUGCCGGAAUGGCAGGACUUCAAGAACGGACUUUGACCGAAGAUAACCUCGAGUAUACCAUGGCUGCCAAUCACUUCGGACACUUCCUUCUCACCACUUCACUUCUGGAUCUCCUGGAGAAAUCAGCCCCAAGUCGCAUUGUGGUCGUGUCCUCAGCCAUACAUACGUACGGCAAAGUUGACCUAGACAAUCUGAAUUCGGAGAAGGAAUUCAGCAAGUAUCUUAUCUAUGGAAACACGAAGCUUGCUAAUGUCCUGUUCACCAAGGAACUGGCUCGUCGCCUGGAAGGAACUGGAGUGGUGGCGAACUGCCUUCAUCCGGGCGUAGUUCACACGGAAUUUGCUCGCUGGCUUCCCCAGAUUCUUCAACCCAUUGUGCACAUUAUUCUCAGCAUUUUUAUCAAGACACCUGAAGAGGGUGCCCAGACCUCUAUUCACGUGGCUGUGUCCGAGGAAGCCGGGCGGGUCAAUGGCAAAUACUUCUCUGACUGCAAGAUGACCGUUGAAAGCGAGAAGGCCCAGGAUAUGGAAUUGGCGAAGAAGUUGUGGGAAGCGAUGGGACUUUUGACAUGGCUCGCCAUUCCCCUCAUUCUCGUCAAAUUGUAUCUGAAGUUUACGACGGGGUGGUGCACUUCCAGGAGUAAAAUGACAGGGAAAGUGGUCAUCAUCACCGGUGCCAAUACCGGAAUCGGGAAAGCGACGGCCAUGGACCUUGCACGUCGGGGGGCAAAGGUCAUCCUUGCCUGUCGAGAUAUGAAGAAAGCUCUCGUCGCUGCCAACGACAUCAAGGCGGCAACGGGGAACAAGGAGGUGAUUCCCAAGUACUGCGACUUGAGCAAACUGAGUUCUGUUCGAAAGUUUGUGGAAGAAAUCGUUAAGACGGAGGAUCGUCUCGAUGUUUUGAUCAAUAAUGCCGGAAUGGCAGGACUUCAAGAACGGACUUUGACCGAAGAUAACCUCGAGUAUACCAUGGCUGCCAAUCACUUCGGACACUUCCUUCUCACUACAUCACUCCUGGAACUGCUGAAGAAAUCGGCCCCAAGUCGUAUUGUGGUCCUGUCCUCAACCAUGCAUUCUUACGGUAAAGUUGACUUAGACAAUCUGAAUUCGGAGAAGGAAUUCAGUAAGUACCGUAUCUAUGGAGACACGAAGCUUGCUAAUGUCCUGUUCACCAAGGAACUGGCUCGUCGCCUCGAAGGAAUGGGAGUGGUGGCGAACUGUGUUCAUCCAGGCGCAGUUCACACGGAAAUCUUUCGCCGGGUUCCCCAGAUUCUGCAACCCAUCGUUGAAUUCGUUCUUCAAGGCUUUUGCAAGAAGUACAGGUAUCCUAUUUGUAUUUUGAUAUAUGUAUUUCUUGCCCUUCUAUCGUGGAUAUUGAAUCAUGAUUUCGUAACCCAGACACCAGAAGAGGGUGCUCAGACCACCAUUCACCUGGCUGUGUCCGAGGAGGCCGGGCAGAUAAACGGAAAGUACUUUUCUGACUGCAAGUUUACGAUGGGGUGGUGCACUUCCAAGAGAAAAAUGACUGGGAAAGUGAUCAUCAUCACAGGCGCCAAUACCGGUUCGUUCCAUCACGAAUCUCAGGAUUUCAAUCUCAUGUAUGAGUCCAUAUCAACAGAUCUUAUCCAUAUAGGAAUCGGGAAAGCGACGGCCAUGGACCUUGCACGUCGGGGGGCGAAAGUCAUCCUUGCCUGCCGAGAUACGAAGAAAGCUCUCGUCGCUGCCAACGACAUCAAGGCGGCGACGGGAAACAUGGAGGUGGUUCCCAAGUACUGCGACUUGAGCAAACUGAGUUCGGUUAGGGAGUUUGUUAAGGAGAUCCUUAAUACGGAGGAUCGUCUCGAUGUCCUGAUCAAUAAUGCCGGGAUGCUUGGGCUCCAAGAACGGACUUUGACCGAAGAUAACCUCGAGUAUACCAUGUCUGCCAAUCAUUUCGGACACUUUCUUCUCACUACAUCACUCCUGGAACUACUGAAAAAAUCGGCCCCAAGUCGCAUCGUGGUCGUGUCUGCAGCUUUGCAUGUUUACGGUAACAUCGAAAUGGAUAACCUAAAUUCCGAGAAAGAAUUCAAUAAAUAUCGUGUCUAUGGAGAUACGAAGCUUGCCAACAUCUUAUUCACCAAGGAACUGGCUCGUCGCCUCGAAGGAACAAGAAUGGUGGUGAACUGCCUUCAUCCAGGCGUAGUCCAUACGGACUUGCCUCGCCGGGUUCCUCACUUUCUUCGUUCCAUCGUUCGCUUUCUCAUGAGCAACUUUUGUAAGGUAAGAUGA